GAAAUAAUGAUGGAAACACAGCUUGUUUAUGUCUUUUAGCAAAUAUUAUAUCAAUCACCAGAAAUGUAGCAAAGAGAAAGCAUCGAAAAAGUUGUGAUUAAACAAUUUCAUGUCGCAUUUGAUGUGUAAAUGUGUUUUUCUUCUUCAUUACAGAUCACUACGAGAUAAAAACAUUGUGGCAUUUUGAAUGUCAGCUGAGUGUCAAGCGAGCAAAUUGAUUCCGUACUAAUCAGAACUGAUUAGAGGAAGUAUAUAUAGGCGAUUACGAUUUUAUACUUGUUUAGUUCGGCAAAAUCGAUGAAAAAUGAAGGCAUUCAUAGCAUUAUUCAGCUGUUUCCUGUUACUUUGGGCGCUAUCCCAUUGAGUGGACGUAUCAUUGGUGGUGAACAAACUAAAAUCGGCGUUGCAUUUUAUCGGUUGAGUUUGCGUUAUGGUGGUGAUCACAUAUGCGGAGCUAGUUUGAUAUCAGCAACCCGUGCUUUGACAGCCGCUCAAUGUCGAAUUCCAACAUCACCCCUACAUAAAUAUACCGUAAUGGUUGGCUCACGAUUCCUUCAUGGUGGUCGUUCGUCAAAAAUUUCAAUGAUUUACGCCUGGAUAGCGCAUCCAUCUCACGUGCCAAACUCGAACAACUAUGACAUUGCGGUUUUGUGGCUUGAAGAAGAGUUUCCAUUAGGUCCAGCGAUUAGCUAUAUUCGGCGCCCAGAUCAAGAUGAACCAGUACCAACCGGUGAAUUGGCCACGGUCAGUGGUUGGGGUGCAACUGUCGAGCCGCAAAAUCCAAACGGUGUUCCAUUCACAUUUGCCGACAAUUUGCAUUCAACUCAAGUCAAAAUUCUGCCAAAUAACGAAUGCAAUCCAAUGAUGCGAGCAAGAGAUGACGGCCGAGUUACCGACCAAAUAAUCUGCACUGGUAGCAGUCAGAGUGGAGUGUGCAAUGGUGACGAGGGAGGCCCACUCGUUAUUGAUGGCGUUCUAGUUGGCAUUGUUUCAGCGACUGGAGGCUGCACACGUCCAGAUUUCUUGACCACAUACACACGUGUCUCAUCGUAUGCUGAUUGGAUCAACAGCGUCUUGACUGAAUAGCCCAAAUGUGAAAUGAUUCAUGAACGAAAAUAAGUCGUGUACUUAUGUUAUUUGUUUCUCUUCUGUACUAUGCCCAGGAAAGGAUGUUUUUUUGGUCUUAAAAUAUGGAAAAAUAAACCAAAAAAAUACUCAAUUCUUGUUGAAAAGAAGCGGUAAAGCGUCUUUGAAUCUAUCUUUGAUUUGUACGUGCUUGUCGUUUUCACGGUCACUGAUAUAGGUAUGAUUUGUAUGCAAUAAGGCACGAUUACACACAUACACACACACAUGAACAAGCAUUCGUCGCAUUUGCCCCGGUGUGAUCUCAAUUGAUUUGUCUAUGUGCAAAGAGGCCUACAAAAAAAUCACUUUUCCCAUGACACGCGAGAUUGACGAAAAAAAAUAUUAUCGAACACGCUGCACGGAUGAAUGAAAAAAAAAACAUUGUACAUCUACCAUUAUCUACACACUUGUGAAGCAAGUUGUUCGUUCCCACGAUACGAACCACAGAUUUUGUCGCUAAAUUUCAUCAUUUGCCCGAACAAAAUUGCCUGACUGAAAAUAAUAAUUAAAUUGCAAAUUUAGAUAAUCAAUUACCGACACACAUUUGCUUAACCAAGCGGCCGAACAAUGGAAAUGUAUCUUGACCGCCGAAAGAAAAUAAAGACGUUCAUUGUUUGAGCAUGAAAUUGUGCGCUCUCUCUCUCUCUCUGUGUCCGCGCGUGUGUGCAACCGAUUUGAUACCUGCUUCAAGUUAAAUAGCUGCAAACACAAGAUUACCGACGGACUGGAAAAUAAAUAAAUACUCAAAUAUUAUGCAAUAACACCCGACAAUGUCUGGUAAUAGCUUUUCAAGCCGAUGUACGACUUCAUUUAUUUCGCUCAUUUGUUUGUGUGUUGAAAACAGAAUUUGUAUUGCUUAUUGUUUGCUUGCAUUGAUGCUUCUUGUCUUGGCUCUCAGCACAUUUGCACAAACACGUCAACUUCUUUUUUUUUUGUUCAACUAGCACAAAUACUGGCCUGGCGGCUGAUCCAAACAACAAUUUUGAUUUGUUGUGUUCAGCCGAAACAAAAAAUAACAACUUAUUGAAGAGAAGAAAAAAAAACAAAUCCACAUUAAUGGAACGAGGAACCCAGUGCGGUUUACUAUUGAAAAAAGUCACGUUAAUGCGCGCG